UCCAGGUGCCGCCGGCCGGCCGGCCGGCAUUCGCUGCGGAGUCCCCGACGCUCCUCUCGACUUGUAGCUGCUAGCGAGAGGAGGCAGCGAGAGGAGGAGAGGGAGAGGGAGCAGGGAGGUAGGGAGGGGAGGAGCCAAUGAUGAGGCCAGGGGCCGGAUGCUUCUUGCUGCUGCCUCUGUGUCUGCUCGUGUUGCCGCGGGGAGGCGUGCUCCUGCUCGCGGACGCGGCGAGGGUGGCGUUCGCCGACGCGUCGUCGCCGCCUGCGCCGUCGCCGGCGGCGGACGUGCCGUUUCUUCCGGAUGUCUCCUCUGCUCCCGCGGCUGUAAGGAUCCAAACUGGGGGAGACAACCAUUACCAAAAGCAGGUCCUCCUUGCGGUUAUCUUGGCACUUGUUGUGGUCAUUGUGAUGGUGCUUUCAGCAGUAUUUGCAUGCAUCUUCUGGAGAAAAGCUCAGGAAGCUCUGGAUUCCAAGGAAAUAAAAAUAUCAAAUGCUACUAGGGGCACCAUGUUACCCACCCAAGGGAAACGGAACCUGUUAAAAAUGUCAAAGAAAGAAGUGAUCACAAUGAUGGACUUCUCAGUCUUGGAGUCAGCUACUAGCAAGUUUAAUGAGAAGAAUAUCUUGGGCAAAGGUGGUUUUGGCUGUGUAUAUAGGGCUUGCCUUGAUAAAAGUAGUGUUGCAGCUGUCAAGAAACUCAACUGUUGUAGGGAGGAAGUCGAGAAAGAAUUUGAGAAUGAGCUGGAUUUCCUUGGGAAAAUUCGGCAUCCCAACGUGAUAUCUGUGCUGGGAUAUUGCAUUCAUGAAGAUACCAGGCUGCUUGUUUAUGAGCUAAUGCAAAAUGGUUCUCUUGAAACACAACUACAUGGACCGUACCGUGGAUCAGCAUUAAGUUGGCACAUUCGCUUGAAAAUUGCUCUUGACACAGCAAGAGGAUUGGAACACCUUCAUGAACAUUACAAUCCUAUGAUUAUACAUAGAGAUAUAAAAUCAUCCAACAUACUUCUUGACUCGGACUUCAAUGCAAAGAUAUCAGAUUUUGGCCUUGCAAUAUAUGGUGGUAACCACAAUAAAGACGACAUUAACCCUUCAGGAACUGUUGGUUAUGUUGCACCGGAGUAUCUUCUAGACGGUCAAUUAACUGAGAAGAGCGAUGUAUAUGCUUUUGGAGUGGUUCUUUUUGAGCUGUUACUCGGAAGGAAGCCAGUAGAAAUGAUUGGAGAAUCUCAUUGUCAAUCUAUUGUUUCAUGGGCCAUGCCUCAGAUAACUGAUAGAACAAAGCUGCCCAGUAUUAUUGAUCCAGCCAUCAGAAACACCAUGGAUUUGAGACAUCUUUAUCAAGUUGCUGCCGUAGCUGUAUUAUGCGUCCAGCCAGAGCCAAGCUACAGACCACUGAUCACCGAUGUUCUCCACUCGCUCGUUCCACUUGUCCCUUUGGAGCUUGGGGGAACACUGAGGGUGGUAGAACAAUCUCACUAGGCAGGCUAACAUAAUGGAAGAUUUUCGGAACAAAGUAUGCCUUAUCUGAUUGCCACAAGGAAUUCGCCCAUGUUGCUCUUUUUCCAAGGUGGCUAUAAUGAGUGGUGUGUCUGAUUGUUUGAGAGGUAACAAUUUGUUCCAUUGUCCAUUGUUGAAGAUCGAUGCAUCAUGGCUAUGCAGCCUUGACAUGGUAGUGCCAAUAUUUUCUAGAGCAUGUAAGACUGGUGCAUUGCGCAACCAUGAUUUUUGGAGGUAGUUAGCUUUGUCGGUGCUAUUGACAGGUUGUAGGUACUUAGGUGACUUCAUGUAAAUUCCACUGCAAGUAGAUUUCAUGUAAAUUAAUGUCAGGUCCUGGGCAUUCACGAUUUCAAACAUAUUAUGCGAUUUCUUUAUAGCCUUAUUGCCUAUUA